AUGGAUGUGUCAGACCUCAAUUUCAAGCCGUGCCCCUGUGGUUAUCAGAUCUGUCGUUUCUGCUGGCAUCACAUUAAGGAGAAUUUGAACAAGAAAUGCCCGGCGUGCAGGAGGGAGUAUUCCGACGAGACUGUCCAGUUCAAACCUGUCAACAAGGAAGACCAUCGGCGCCUCACUCAGCAGAAAAAGCAGAGGGAGCGCGAACGCAAGGAUCUUGAUGCGCUGGGUCGUCGUCAUUUGGCAAAUGUUCGCGUCGUCCAACGCAACGUGGUCUAUGUCGUUGGAAUCGGUCCUCGCUUUGCAAAGGAAGAGCUAAUAUCCACCCUUCGUUCCAACGAAUACUUCGGUCAGUAUGGCAGAAUAUCCAAAAUACUGCUGGUGAAGCGCACUCCUCCCGGCGGACAGACGCCUGUCGUUGGGUUAUAUAUAACAUACCACCGCCGGGAAGACGCGGCGCGUUGCAUUGCUGCUGUGGACGGAACAUCGUCUCCUGGAGGAGGUACCGAGGCUAUGCGCGCGAGUUUCGGAACGACGAAGUAUUGCAUGGCUUUCUUGCGUGGUGUCAAUUGUUCGGAUCAUAGCUGUAUGAACUUGCACGAGUGGGGUGAUGAGAAGGACAUCUUCACGAAGGAAGAUCUUACCACAUUGCAACAUGGAAUCAAGGAUUCUGAGACCACGAGGAAAAUAGUCGUGCUGGGCAAGAAGCCAGACGAUCCAUCCGCUCGUUUACCGCGAUCAGCAUCAUGGGCAAAGGAUUCUAGGAGCCAUACCUCAACGGCUCUGCACAAUAAUACCAAUACAACAACUGCAGCCCGCAAUGCUCGCCGUGGUGCAACGACACGACCACGAGCUCCAACUCCAGACUUGCAUCCACCACCGAAGAUCAAGGAGGCGAGGAAUGGUGUCACAAUAGCGACAGCCCCAAAAGCUUCGUCGGUGGCUUCGUCUUCUCGUCCUCCGACACCUGCCGGCGUGUUGCGACCUAUGACGCCUGCAAAUGCCGCUCACAAGAUUACCAAACCCAAACCUGCUGCACCCCCAUUACCACUCCCUCCGCCACGCUCUCCCACAUAUUCGAUUGCUGUAGACUCCGAUGCCGGAUCAGGUUCGCAAGACGUGCCUACUUCGUCUGCGUCGCCUGAGCCUCCCGCAUCAACUCCUGCACCUUCCACACCAGCUGUCCCUCCUGGUAUUCCUACCGUCCCGCCUGGCCUCUCUGUGCCUCCUGGCCUUCCCCUACCGAAUCGCUCUCAGCAAUUUGCUCAGUCGUAUCAAAUGUCAACACAGGUUCAAGCCCUCCUCAACGACGUCAAGGCUCGUCGAGAGUCUGGUCCAGUGUCGAUGGGUCUCAGCCCAUUCCCCGAUUUCGACCGUACGCUGCAAAACCUCAGUGGUGCGAACGGAGGGCUUGGAGGCUUCAGCUUCAACUUGGAUCCGAAAUUGGUGGGUGUCGAAGAUUUGUCCAAUAUUCCCGACCUUGGCGUGGCGGAAGCAAAUACGGCUUUCCAUGGCAACUUUGUGGAUGCUUUUCCUGCCCUUCGUGGCAACUCUUAUGCCUCACCGCCUAGUUUAGCAUACCCUCACAGCUCUUCUCGGUCGAUUUACGAUCCUAUGGCUAUUCGAAGUUCUCCAAGCGACCAGCAACCUUCUGCCUCGUCUUCUUAUACCGGCUCGUUCAAUCCAUUUGCGGAUUCCACAGAUGGCGACUCUUCGGCAGUCACGGCACGCCGGCUCGCACUGGAUGAGGACCCAUCACGUAAGAUGUCCAGGUUCGGAUUCGCUCGAGGUGCCAAGCAGAAUGGGAAUCUGAGUUCGACGUCGAGUCCCUUAAUCGCGUCGAGUCCUCUAAGUCCCAGUGAUAGCGUAAACCAUGCAUCCAUGUUCGGUGGCAAAGAUAUGGCGUCUCCGGCGAGUCAAUGGUCACCAUAUCCUGGACAUAACUUUCACCAGUCCAAUACUUCUGCUACAAAUUCGCCUAUGGUUGCUCAGGCUCAGGCUCAUGUUCAUACACCGUCUAAUGGGAUCGGACGGUUCCAAUCUUUUGAUCGUGACACGCCUGUUAGCGAGGCAGCGCUUCGGGAGCUGAUUCAAUCAAGUCGCGACCGCGAACGUGGAAUGAAUACGCGUAUGAACGCCGCUGUGCUAACCGAACAAGACCAUGUGCAGCAGUACAACAGAUACACUUCUGGGCAGCCCUUUGCUGAUCCAGCAAUCAUGUCCGCAAGUUUUCCGCAACCUGUGCCUUCGGAUACUCGCUUCGCGCAAGCAGUCUCUGCGAUGUCGUACUCGCAGCCCCAUAUGUCUUUCGGCCCGCCUCCUGGUAUCUCUUUCCCCCCGCCCGGUUUAUCUCCAAGCCCUAGCCUGGCGAAUAUGGGCAACGGCAUGGACAUGGCUUCCAACGUACCGAGCGCCGUGCCUUCUCAGUGCGGAAAUUCUACACCCGGUUUUGAUUGUCCAAUUGGUUACCCCGCGUCCAUCUCAGUCUUUGGAUCCCCCGCGUUGAUCCGGCACUCGAACUCGGUCACUUCACAUGCGAUGCCUCUUUCCUCCUUUAUUUAUUGGCCUUGUCUGGUCCCCACGACACUUGGAUGCUGA